AAACCUUUUUUUUUAAUAUACUGAGCGAUUUAAAAUGUUCUUGAUAAAUCUGUAAGCUGAAAAUGUUGCCGCAAGACGUUCUAGCACUCUUUCUUAUGUCAUUUUUACGGUCACACUUUUUUAUAUGUUAUGUGUCUGUAUAUGUUAUGUCCAAUAUUAAAAACACUUAAAGUUAAGUAGGAAAUUGUACUCCACAAACAUAAUAAUUCAUGAAGAGGUUUGUGCUUGAUGUUGGACACUACCUGGCAAAACCUGUAACAUUUAGAAAAAUUGAUUUAUUCCUGGAACGUCUGGAAAAACAGCUUUUAAAUGAUAAUCCAGGAAAAUAUCUUUCUCCUGUUGUUCUUUCUUAUGUUAGCCUGAUUAGCCUGAUUUUCAUUUCUUCCAAAAUAAAAGAAGAAAAAAAGUCUUUUCUUCCAUAGCACUGUUUGUCAUUAGUGAGAGAAGUGGAAGUGACAGAAGUCAGGCAGUGCUAGUUGAAUGCUAAUCUUAAUAAUGCUGGCUUAUUUACAAUUACAUUUACCCGGUUUUAUUUUCGAACCAUUAUAAUAUGUAUUGUUACAGCCUGUUAGGGUUUGUAACAUUUCUCUUGAACAUCAUCGUUGAAAAGUCCUGGAAUUUUGUUUUCAAAAUUCAUUCGUUAUUCUCAACAACUACAAGAAACUUUGUGCAAAUUAGGUGUUUUCUAUUCUCAUUUUUUUAAUUUAGGAAAAGUUUUAAUUAUUCAUUGGCAUUUUUGACAAGAAUUUCUGUAGCUUUGCCAAUUAUGUACAAAAUUAUGUGAUUACGAUUGACUCUCUCUUAGGGAUCGUCCACAAAUUUCGUCCCAUUAACGAGACGCUAUAAGACGAAAAAGUUAAAAAAAAUUCGUCUCGUUUUGUUCUUAAUUGAAAUUGAGACGAUUUAAAAAUCGUCUCAUAAAUAUCAGGAGACGAUAUUUUGUCAAUUCGUCUCAGAAUAAAAAAAGUGGAACAAAAUAUUUUAAGACGAAUUGAGACGAAUUGAGACGCUGCGGUAAAAUCACGGAGACGAAUUGAGACGAAUUAAGACGCUGCGGUAAAAUCACGGAGACGAAUUGAGACGAAUUAAGACGCUGCGGUAAAAUCACGGAGACGAAUUGAGACGAACUAAGACGACAGGGUUUCUUAAACACGAAAAUUUAUUUAAAAAGCUAGUGUUUUUUAAAGUGGUUUUAAUGUAUUCAGAUAUUUCAGAUAGCGACAGCGACCUAGAUUGGUUGUUUACGGACGAUUCUUUGUCCGAUGAUGAAAAUGAAGAUUACAUCAACGAAAUUUUACAAUGCGCUUCAAAAAAACGAGGCAGACCAGCGCUACACGAGCAACAUCCGGGCUUGGUUCCAUGUAUCGCAUCCUACAUAAGUCAGAACUCGGCCGAGGCCCAUUUGAGGCGCAGAGACAGUAUUAUGUACACAAAUGGUGUAAGCUUAAAAGAUAUUGUCUCUCACAUAAAAAGUACGCUCGGGUUAAAUGUGAGUAAGAGCGCAGUGCAUUACCUCAUGAGAUGAUUUAUCAUAGUUAAUAGAAAUAUCUAAAAUUUAUUAACUCCCUAUUUUAACUUUUCUUCGGGUAUAGGUUCAGCAUGUUUAUGUUUCUCAUAACAUACUUAAAAAAAGAAUCAAACUGAUAAAAAAAACGACAACUCACUCGCACGUGUGCUCUGACCCUCUGAAACCAAUGAAUGAAUCACGAUUCGAACACAGAGCAGAAGAUAAAAAUUGUUACAUUUUUCUUCUUGAAAAAUUCGAAAAGGACGGUUUCUCUUAGCUCCCCAACAUAACAUUUAAAUGUAUUAAGUUAAAAAGAGCUAAUAUACUGAAAUGUACGAACCAUUACAGGCAGAAUACACCUAAAUACACCUAAAUACACCUGAGAACAAACAUCUUGACAUAAAUUUUGCUUUUAUCCCUGAUCUGUGUACUGGUUUCGUUUAGUUAAUGAAUACCAUGUUAAGGCUAUUUUCUACCUCAAGAAAAUUUUCGGCGAUUUUUGAUUGGCUAAUUUUAAUGUUUUUCGAUGAUGUGACGUUUGCGGAGGAACGCCAGCCAUUUCGAAUAUAUCUCCCAGUAAAGACGAGCUAUGUUUCGCAUCUAACUAUCUAUAUUUAAUAUCUAUAUAUUCCUUCCUAACAACAUAUUUAAAGAAUCCUAAUCUUAAAGAAUAUUUAUGGCUAAAUUCAGUUUCAGAUAUACUUACCAGUAAAUAUCGAAAAUAACUCAAGAUUCCAUCUGUCACGACCAAUAAUAAUAUUUUUUGUGAGAUUUGUUUCGCUUUUCCACAACAUAGUUCCAGCUUCGAACGACGAAGUUUGCUGUGAUAAAAUGUUGCCAAGUUUGAUAAAUAUACAGACCGUAACAUUCAACAAUCGAACGAGUACAAACAAUGUAGCUUAAGUUAAUCAGUAGCUGUGCCACUGCUAGCCAGGAGACCCAGCGUAAUUUUUCUUACCACCGGGAAAUCGGAGUAGUUAAGGUGGGAAAAUUACGCUGGGUCUCAAACGAUUUUUCUGCGGCCAAAAUCUGGCCGCGCUUUUUGAUUGGCUAAUUCUAUUGUUCUCUGCUCACGUGAUUAUUAUCGGGGAAAGCCCUUUUCAUCCCGAAUAUUCCAGCGAGUGGUUUCACUCACCCUAACAAACAUUAGUAUUCUACAAAGUUUUUACCAAAGUAAGAUUUGACCAAGCUUGGUAAACAACUCACAGAUAAAUUAAAAUGUCCUCCGAAGCGAUUAGUCACAUUGUUCGAUUUAAACUCGGGGUUUCCGCUGAGUCAUUCGUUCGCGUCUAAGCUUUAGUUUGAGAGAAACUCAUUUUAUCAACUGAAGAAGAAAGCUUAGUUAACUAGGCUAUGCCACUGCCGUUCCGCUAGAACAAUGGAAUAAUUUCUUUUUCACGGAACAAAAUCACGCUGGGUCUCCUGGCCAAGAUUUUUAAAGUUUCGUGUUAAACUCACGGAAGUGUUCGAAAAUAUUUUUCAACUUUUGAGACGAAUUUAUUAUAGCAGAGACGAAUUGAGACGAUUUGAGACGAAUUAAGAAAAUUCAUAGACGAAAUGAGACGAUUCGGAGACGAAUUUGUUUUUAAAAUAUGAUAUUCGGAGACGAAUUUGUGACUAUCAGGAGACGAUAUGAGACGAAUUAAGACGGUUAAGACACUACAAUGUUAUCACAAAAAAUCGUCUCGUAUGAAAGAGUUAAGACGAACAAAACAAAUUUACAAGACGAUUUAAAAUGAGCCGAAUUUAGACGAAAUUUGUGGACGAUCCCUUACAUAUACAUAUGUUUAAAUUCAUAGUGAAAUCUCUUUGAGAAACCCAUCAUUGCCCUUCUUGAUUUCAAACUGUUUAAAUUAAAAAAAUAAUUUCUUCCAUAAUCUGAACAAAAAGUCUCUUAUGUAGUUUUAUCAAUAACUUGUCACCUGAUCUUUAUAUAUCACUGUCAAAUUUUGAAAUAAUUUAGUCUGUAGAUCAAGCAU